UGGUGACAGCAAAACAUCUAUAAACGUUACAAUGAAUUCAAAACCUAUAUUGUAUUCCUACUUCAGAAGCUCAUGUUCAUGGAGGGUUCGAAUUGCUCUUGCACUCAAGAAGGUUGACUAUGAAUAUAGAGCGGUUAACCUACUUAAAGGAGAACAGCUCUCAGAUGAACACAGAGAACUGAAUCCAUCUGGCCAAGUACCAGCUCUAUUAAUCGAUGGAUUGACACUUGCACAGUCUAUUGCGAUAAUAGAAUACAUUGAGGAGACACGCGAAGGAACACCUAUUCUUCCUAAGGAGCCAAGCCAAAGAGCUGUGGUACGACAAGUAACAGAGUCAAUUACCUCGGGUAUUCAACCGAUACAGAAUUUAUCAGUACUGAAGUAUGUGGGGAGUGAGAAGAAAAUGGAAUGGGGAAAUUAUCAUAUUGACCUAGGUUUCCAAGCAUUAGAGAAGUUGCUUACACGAACUGCAGGGAAGUACUGCGUUGGUGAUACAGUCACUAUGGCUGACCUCUGUUUGGUACCUCAGGUCUACAAUGCCAACAGGUUUAAAGUGGAUAUGUCAAAAUAUCCAAUCAUAUCAAGAAUAGAUACUUCGCUCAGUGAGUUAGAUGAAUUCAAGGCAGCUCAUCCGAGCAAACAGCCAGACUGCCCCGAAGAUUUGCGUUAACUACGUCAUGUUGAAUAGCCCAUAUGCAUACAUCAAGAUGUGUUGCAGUCAGUUAAUGACAAUAAAGAUGGGGGGAGGGGGUGGAUGUGUGGUGAAAGAUGGUGUAAUCCCCUGUAGGCCACAAGUUGGGGGAGCAUAACAUAAUAAACAUGUUUUCUAUUAUUUAAAAAAAACAUAAUUCUUGUAAUUUUCUGUUAGAUGUCCAAAAGUUUUUCAGUAUUUUCAGGAACCAGGGGACCACUCUAGCCUGGUGGACCCUAUCAAGGCUCCACCCCAAAACUGUAUUGUCCUUUGCCCCAAAUUUUUAGAACACCUGUUUGUUGGACAGUUCUCCCAUAUCCCCUCCCCCUCCACUUUAGGCAAAUUCAGGAGACAUUGUGUUGCCAUGGUAUGGCCGAGCUGAAAGAUCCAUUUUGCUCACCAGUCAAAAAAUUAAAUAUUCAGUAGCAUACCCUGUUGAGUUUACUUAUAUGUGUGUACAUAAAUGUGCAGCACCGACUCCUUUUCAUCCAUGAUACACUGUGUUUCAGAGUUACUGUACAAAUGUUAAGCCGAGCACGGACUGUGCCUGACCGCACAUGCAAUGGAUUGUUGUUAAUGACUGUCUCCAACAACGAUCAGACAGCAUCUUGUGGUCUAACGCUCAUAGGGAGUGGAGUUUUGAUUCAUCGGUCGACGGUCAUACGACCGAUGUAAGACGUACUGUUUCCCUGUCUUUAGGGUGUCCAAAAACUGGCACAUUGGACUAUUCCGCAUGUUCUCUGUUUUAUCAUAUUUAAAUUUUUUCCAUUAACGUAAAGUGAAUUCUUAGUAGAAUCAUAGUCUUCCUACACUAUUUAUUAUUCAUCCCAGUUUACUGUACUUUGGUACACAGCUUCCCCAGUGCACUGGUGAUAUAUGGUUUGAAGCCCUGUCCACACUAUAUAGUCAUAUAUAGUGAUGAUGUGCCUAUAUACGGUCAUGGUGUGCCUAUAUAUGGUCAUGGUGUGCCUAUAUAUGGUCAUGGUGUGCCUAUAUAUGGUCAUGGU